AUGGACGCCCUGCAUGACGACAACCCCGUCGAUGUGCCCGAUGCUCGUCCUCGCAAGAAACGUCGCAAGUAUAUCGCCAAGGCCUGUAAUGAAUGCAAACGUCGCAAGAUCAAGUGCAAUGGCGAAACUCCCUGCCAACGCUGUGGGCGCCAGCGUAUCGAGUGUGUCUACAUCGAAAAUGCCCCUCCGAAUCACUUGAAUGAGCAAGAGAAUUUUGAGCAGCUCUUUGAGCAGAUGAGCAGUAUGCAGGACCAGAUUAUCUCUUUGUCCGCUGCGGUACGGUUGCUGGCCGGCGGCGACAGCUCUCCGGGGGUGGCGGGUCGGUCGCAUCCUGUCGUCCCUCCCGCUGUCAGCACGCAUGGUCCAUGGUCAGGGCAGCGUUCAUUGCGGCGUGUCUCCACAGCUCGAGAAAGCACAUUCCAAGGUCCAACCACUUCCGCAUUCAGCUUUGGCUUAGCUAAAUCGAGUCUCGAAAGCCGCGGGAUCGUGGAACGCAAUGAAGGCGGCGAAGAGGAAGGUGACUUGACCCAGGAGCCGUCUCCCCUGGCAUCGCCUUCAGCACUGUAUCACAACUUGGAGCCUCAGCAGUCGACGGAUCCGUUGUGGAUGCUGCCCAAAAGUGAGGCCCUCCGGCUUUGUCGUGUGUAUGAAGAAGAAAUGGGGAUCAUGUAUCCAGUCCUGGAGCUCUCCGAGCUGCUGGAGCAGGUACAUCUGCUCUUCGGCCCGAUGGAUCGCGCUUUAGGAUCUUCUGUGCAAUUUGAUGGGAAGUUGGGCGGGCUGGAACUUGGAGAUGUCAAUAUUCUUCGCCUGGUCUUUGCUUGUGCAUUGACCGCCGAGGCUAGUGGUCGCAGCGAGCAGGCCAUCGCUCUCUUUGACAGUGUCCGCGAGGUUCAGGACAAUUGUGUCUGGGGUCCACCCGACAUUAAAAGCAUCAUUUUUUUGAUGCUGGUGUCUAUAUUUUAUUUCCAGAUGGAUGAAGAGACGCUCGCCUGGCGGACCAUCGGCAUUGUUGAGCGCAUGUGUCUUGAGAAAGGCCUUCAUCGACGAGAGACAUUGAGCCAUCCAUCCAUUGUGAAUGUUGGCGAGGACCGUGCCCUACGAUUGUUUUGGUCGAUUUACGUUCUUGACAUACGCUGGAGCUUCGGGACGGGCAUGCCAUUUGCCUUGGAGGAUACAGACAUCGACCCGUGGCUGCCAGAGCCGUCAGAGAAGACUCCAUAUCUUCAGGUCAUGAUUCAGUACAGCCGCAUCGCCGCGAAGGUGUGGAAAUUUAUCUCUGCAUUCAACAAUACCAAUGAAAUAAAAAACGACGAGAUGGGAUAUCUCAACUAUCAGGUGGAGACUUGGGUGAGGGGUAUCCCAGACACCCUGCGCCUCGACCAUCCGAGUACCACCGAGUUUGGCGAGGGCGCAGAAGGGCCGCGCAGCCUACGGCGGUUGCGUGCCAUGCUCUACCUGCGCUCCAACCAGCUACGGAUGCUCAUCCACCGACCCGUUCUGCACACGGCCGCGCACAUUGCACGGCAUCCUGCCGAAUCCGAGACCGUCGUGGAUUUGGCCAAAGACACGAUUCGCUUCAUCACCCGGCUCAACGAGACGUCCGACAUCUACCAGUUGCAACAAGUUACCUUCAACUGGUUCCUAGUCUCGGCCCUUGCCGUGUUGUUCCUUGCCGUCGCGCAGGCCCCGACCCAAUUCAGUGUAUCGUGCAAGGAGGAAUUCUACUGUGCGCUCGAGCUGGUCAAGGGGUUUUCGACAAAGUCGUAUAUCUCGCGGCGUCUAUGGAAGUCGAUUCGCAGUUUACGCAAACUCGGCCCACAACUGGGUCUCGGGUUGCAAAAGCACCGGCAGGAGGGUCCAAUGGAUCACCAAGCUAACCUCCAGGCCUCUCUCGUUCCUGCCCCAACCGGGAGUGUCCAUAGCCAGACCCCGUUGGAUGGCGCGCAGAUGACGCAGGAGCUGAUGGAAUGGUUCGAAGCAGUCGGCAACCUGGAGGACCCAAACAUGGGGGUCGGAACAGGUCCAGUGCCUCAGUUGGAGCCCUGGCCGCAACGCAUGCCCAACGGCGCGUAUUUGUUCGACUAUGGUGGGGAGUUGUCUAGCGUAAUGAAGGAUUGCUUCUAG